AAAAAUAGAAUCCUGACGUAAACGCUGAUUUUUAAAUAUAAAACCACAUAUUUGCUAUUGUAGAAGGUGGUUUUAUUAAUGGUUGUGGCAUAUUUUAACAUUUAGUUGUUACCGUGGUUACAAUUUGUCUAUCGGACUCUGUCGAACAAUUCUCUGUUAUCUUGUGAGAUAUAUCUUCUGUACAUGUGUGUGUUGAGAAUUGCAUAAUUACAACAUGAAUGUGGCUGUCGAUGAAUUCGGCAAGCCUUUCGUUAUCCUCCGUCAAGAGGAGAAGAAACGGAUAACGGGGCUUGAGGCACACAAAGCGAAUAUAAUGGCUGCAAAGGCAAUUGCAGACACACUCAGGAGUUCAUUAGGUCCACGUGGAAUGGAUAAGAUUAUUGUAAGUGCUGAUGGAAAGGUUACGGUGACAAACGAUGGUGCUACCAUCUUGCAGAUGAUGGAAGUUGAACACCAAUGUGCCAAAUUACUUGUGGAUUUAUCGAAGAGUCAAGAUGAGGAAAUCGGAGAUGGUACUACGGGUGUUGUCAUAUUAGCUGGCGCCUUACUCGAGAGAGCACUACGUCUUUUGGAUCGUGGUCUGCACCCAUUGAGGAUCGCUGACGGUUAUGACAGAGCAUGUGAUAUCGCUAUUAAACGCCUAGAGGAAGUGGCUGCAAGCCAGAGUGAAAACUAUCAGCCAACGGCGGAUAACAUGUCUGAAUUAUACAAGAAGGCAGCCUAUACUGCCUUGGGAUCUAAGGUCGUGUCUAGUUGCCAAGAUCAUCUUGCUGCCAUUGCGGUCGAUGCUGUAUUAUCCGUUGCUGAUUUGGAACGCAAAGACGUUAACCUAGAGCUUAUAAAAAUAGAGUCAAAAACAGGAGGACGUUUGGAGGACACUUGUCUCGUAAGGGGUAUAGUGUUACCAAAGGAAUUUAGUCACUCGCAAAUGAAGAAAACUGUUACCGACGCACGUAUAGCUAUUUUGUCAUGCCCAUUUGAACCGCCUAAAACCAAAACCAAAAGUCGCAUUGAAAUUGGCUCUGUAGAUGAUUACGAGAAGUUGCAAGAGUGUGAAAAGCUAUACUUUGAAAACAUGGUAAAACGGGUUGUAGACAGCACUGCAAAUGUUGUAAUUUGCCAAUGGGGGUUUGAUGAUGAGGCUAACCACCUUCUUAUGAAGCAUGGCAUAUCGGCUGUUAGAUGGGUCGGCGGAGCAGAGCUUGAACUUGUUGCCAUAGCUACUGGUGGCAAAAUUGUAGGCCGCUUCGAGGAUCUUGAUGAAAGCAAAUUAGGACACGCUGGCUUAGUUCGUGAAGUUGCUACUGGUACUGAACAUCAGCAAUUCAUCUAUAUUGAGCAAUGCCAGAAAACCAAGUCUGUUACAGUCCUAAUUUCCGGUGGAAACGGAGUGUAUGUCGAGGAGACCAAGCGCUGCAUUCAUGAUGCUAUAUGCUGUGUACGUAAUCUUAUUAGAGAUGGUAGGGUACUCGGUGGUGGUGGUGCUCCUGAGAUAGCUGCCUCCCUGGCUAUUCAGGAUGCGGCUACGCAGUUUAAUACUUUGGAACAAUUCGCCAUACAAAGUUACAGUGAAGCUUUACUUGAGAUUCCUAUGGCCCUGGCGGACAAUUCCGGACUAAAUGUCUUCGAUUUGGUAGCGAAGGCUACGCAAAUGCAACGCACGAACUGUCACAUUGGUAUUGACUGCCUUAAUGGCACUGUUGGCGAUCUUCGUCAGAAAGGCAUAUUCGAAUCCCUACACUCCAAAAUCCAGCAACUAUCACUGGCAACACAGGUUGUGAAGAUGAUUCUCAAAAUUGAUGACGUCAUCUCUCCAUCCGAAAUACAGUGAGCCAAUAGUACGGCAUCCAUUUGUUAUCAAA